AUGGUCCGAGCAAAGUGGAAGGGUCCCUUCUUCGUGCCCAUGCCUAAAGUCGCCGGCAACGAGCCCAUAAAAACACAAGCACGAUCCAGCACCAUCCUCGCCUCGCACAUCAACAAAAAGUUCCUGGUGCACAAUGGGAACUCCUACCUGCCAGUAUUCGUGACGGAGCAGAUGGUGGGGCGGAAGCUGGGGGAGUUUGCGUUUACGAGGAAGCCAUUUUCGUUCAGGAAGAAGGAUGAUAAGAAGCGAUAG